CAUGAAUUAUUAUUAAAUGAACUUCUCCUUGGUCUGAAUUGAUGACAAACGAUGCAUUAAUGACAAUAGAUAAACGGUUCCUCCUAAAUCUACAAUAAAUCAUCCCUCUGAUUCUGAGCUGUUGAGCAGCUGCUUGGCUGUGACUGGGAGUCUGCAGAGGAGAAGACUGUUGUGUUACAGAGAAGAGAGAGCAGCUAUCAAGCUGAUUUAGCUGGGACUUAAUUGAAAAAGGCAGUAUCAUGAUGGAAGCAGUACUUGAAAUGUCACUGGGCUAGUAAACCAGAACUCCAGGGUCUCACAUGAUCGGACGACACUGCUGCUCGGAUUCUUCAUGGCUUCAGGCCCUCAAAAUCUGCAAGUUGACUCUGGGGCAUUGCACUUUCCUCAAUUGGUCUUGGUCACAUCCAUUGCUAUUCUUCUGUUACUCAUCAUGCUUGUGAUCCCCUGCGCUUUCUGUAGGAGAGUUUAUUGGAGAAUAAGAAAAGGACCUAACAGUCUCGCAGGGCAACAAAAGGUGGUGUUUAUGAAGAAUCAUAAUGUUCCGGUUCAAACCAAAGAUGAUCCAAAAGUUACAAAGGCAAAUAGAAUGACACCAUCAACUGACCAGCAGACAGAAAAAGUGGACAGCGUAAAUCUCCGACGUAUCCCAAGUAUUCCUUUGACUAGCAUCAUACAGAUUGAGGAAAGCUCGGAUGAUAAUCUGUAUGAAGUUGUGAAAGACAUCCAAGUGAAUGAAUGGGCAUCAAAGCAGGAGAAUCCUGAGCUACAGAACCUGGAGUACAUGACACCAUGUGAGACAGUGCCCUCGGCAGAUUCAAAACAGAUGGAUGAGUGCAGCAUCAAGAACAAGGAGGCAGUAGAAGGGUUGACAUCAGCACCAAUUUAUGCAAAAAUAAUUAAACAACGGAAUAAGACGAACCAAUCACAAGUUCGAGAAAAGUUUGAAGUUCAAGAUGAAGUGGAGAUUGAAGAGCCCCCACCAAUCCCAGACAAAUAUUUGGAUGAAGAAGAUUCAGUUCAGUGUUGAAGAUAUCAGAUAACAAAACUGCACAGGUGAAAGUCAUAAUCCUAACUGAAAAAUGGAUGAAGCUGCUUGAGAAUCACUCCCAAUUGUAAAUACUG